CCAGGUCCACAGGCUUCUCCCGCCUGUGGUUUUUAGUGGGUCUCCGCCUCGCCGUGGCGGUCAGACCCUGAUUUUCACGGAGUGGAUUCCUCCCGAUCAGAGGAAAUCCGCCAUUGCCGGUGGCGCUAACCCGGAAGUCUCCACAUCCACAUCCUCCUGCCCUGUUCGCUAAAUCCCCGGAACUGUGAAGGAGCAUUAUUCUUAGGGUAUGCCAAUGAGAUGGGUGCUGCUGCCAAGAUGUGCAAGAUAAUUGUUCAGGCAUGUGCACUGAGUCCUGCUAGGAUGCCAGCUGGCAGGGCCAGCCUAUCUGGUGAGAUGGAAGGUGUGGAUUGGUCACAAGCGUUGGUUGGGAAAUAAGGUGGAGCAAAAGGACUGGUUGGUCCCUCCAGUGCUUCUGUGGAUUGGCCCUGUGUGCCUGACCGUGGACAACAUUCCCCCCCAAUCCUGGAUUCAAAUUGAGGAUCUCCGGUAUGUAAAACGAGAUAAUUGAUCUCACUGGGGAUGACAUCACUGUAAUCGAUCUGACGGGGACUGAGGAUGACAUGAUCAGCCCUCUUCAUGAUAGUUACAGUGCCAUUCAGGACCUGAAGCACUCUACUCCAGUCAGCAUGCACUCGGUGUGCUGUCCGAAAAUCCUCACCACUAAAAGCGCUGAGAACAAAGUUGAUGUGCCAAUCAGCAUGUGGGACAGAGACUGUGAGCUGCCUUCCCCCCAAGAAGAUGCUAUAAAGAAGCAGCCCUUAUUUCAGUGUAGCAGCUGCCCCAUCAUCCCCAGCUACGGUGGGGACUCUGAAAACAGCAGCCACACCACUUACAACAGUGAUCUGGGCUCCUUAGGAAGCCCCCAGGUGGGGUCUGAUGUUUUCUCCUUCUCUUCAACCCCCAGCAGCAGUGAAUGUCAAGCGCCCUUGGACUGUGUGGAUGAGGUUCCUGGUGCUGGUCUGUCUGUGGAAGAGCCCAGCCCCCAGCAUUCCCCACUACAUCAGAGACAUUCCCCAAGCCCCAUCCCCUCCUGUUCUCCAAUGAGCACAUCUCCACCUCUAGCAGAAGCUAAUCAGCAUUUUCUAGAGGCAAAUAACCCAGCACCAAAUGCUGUCAAAUCAGAUGUUUGGGCGCCAGCGAAGCAAAUCGACAUCAAGGUCUGGUUGAAAACAUUGCAGUACUUCCAGGGAGUUCCUGUACAUCACCCCUUUUUCCAAAAUGUGGUGCAGGAAAAAGAUGCUGAACAGAAGAAGCAGCCUAUCCCAUCCCGGAAACUAAGCAUGGUGUUCAGCACUAUCGAGGAGAAAUUCUUCCAGGGAACCUUGGACUUCCUUAUGGAUUAUGUAACCUCCCAGCACUACCCGCCAAAGGAGAUCACAUCGUGUGUGAUCAGGCAGAUUCUCCUGAGCUCAGAUCAACAAGAUGUGCAACAAGAGACACAGAAAGAUGCUUAUAUGUUGUUGAUGAAAAUCCAGUCACUUCAUCCAGCAAGGGCUGACACUGUGGUAUGGGACUGGCUGCUACUGCGAGUGGUAAUAGAAGAGCAGGAAGGAAAGUUUCCUGGGCGACUCCUCUUCUUGCAGUAUGUGAUCCAGACCUUGGAGGAUGACUUCCAGAGGAUGGCCAGGAUAGGCACUCUGCACAAAUCCAUUGCCAAAGCAGUGCUUUCCUGUGACCAUUGCUUCGACAAUGUCAAGGAAGUGAUUGAAUGGCUAGUAGCUGCAGUUAUGGGUAUACGGGUUACGCAGUACAGAAGACACGUGCAGAAAACCAUUCCUUCACUAGAAACCUCCAGAGCCAUGAGCAGCAGCUCUGUACCAGGAUUGCACUUAAACCAGACUGCACAAACUGAUGACGUCAUUCCACAAUUUCAGUCCCAAACGGAGGUGGCAUUCCUGCAGAGGAUGCUUUCUAUAGCAAUAGAAGUGGACAAGUCUCCAAACUGCAGCACCAGUAAAAUUGUAGAUAAUGUGUUUUAUUCAUGGCUGAAUAUUCCCAAGCGGUGCCACAGGGAAGCCUUCCUAAGCAGUAUGGAAUGCCACCUCUUGCGCUGCAAAGUGUUAGAGCUAGUUUUCUACCACAGCUGCAGAGAAGCCCCUGAUCUGCGCCCCUUAUCCUUGAAAAAGAUACUGCAUUUUCUGAAACACUGUUCUCUGCAGCUGACAUACCAGGACAAUGAGGCAACAUGGCAGAGGUGGGAUGAGAUGCUUCACCAACUGACUUUAUUGUUGCUGAGCUACCGCCGAGUAGUCCUAGGGCACUUAAGAAGCUCUGUGUGUGAACGAGUAAAUUUGAUUAUCAAGGCUGCCAGACCCAAAUUACAGAUCAGUGAUCUUGUUGAAAGAGAUUCUGUAGAGUGUGACAUUGAAGAUUUCCAGAAUAUUCUCUCUCUGACUCUGGGGCAGCCACUUCCCCAACCCAUAAAGGAAAAGACUGAGCUACUCCAAGAGUUGCUUCUCGCUGCUAUGAACUAACACAGGAAAUAUUGGACAGCUGAAAUAUAGACUUCAAGUAUGAACAGCUGAGCACUGAAUUUUCAGAUACAAUUUUUAACAGUAACAUUAAACCCCCAUUUCGUAUUCAUCGGUGGACAAGAGGUUGUACAACUUGAUCUUCGAUUUCUGUUGUCAUGCAGAUCUUAGUCUUUUUGUUUUGAGUUUCAUAUAGUUUUUAUAAUAAAUUAUUUUAUUAAGA